GAAGCUGGGCGUUAAUCCACGACUUGUGCGCCUCGGAUGGAACAGUUCACUUGAUGUCUUUCACUCUGCUCCCGUAAUCGGGGAGUUGAACGGCCACAGCCUCCGGUGGCACCAUGCUCUUCCCGGCGGAGACCUCCUGCAACUCCACGCUCGGAAACUGCACGGAGGCUUCCAACCUGACGCAGCCGCCGGAGCUCGACGCCGCCGCCGCCGCCGCCGCCGCACGUGCGAACGCCACCGCGGACCCGUUCGGACGGAACGAGGAGGUGGCCAGGCUGGAGAUCACCGUGCUGAGCCUGGCGUUCCUCGCCGCCGUGGUGGGCAACGUGACCGUGCUGCUGGCCAUGUACACGACCCGCAGGAAACCCACGCGCAUGCACCUGUUCAUGAAGCACCUGAGCCUGGCGGACCUGGUGGUGGCGUUCUUCCAGGUGCUGCCGCAGCUCUGCUGGGAGAUCACCUUCCGCUUCUACGGGCCGGACUUUCUGUGCCGCAUCGUCAAGCACCUGCAGGUGCUGGGCAUGUUCGCGUCCACGUACAUGAUGGUGAUGAUGACCUUGGACCGCUACAUCGCCAUCUGCCACCCGCUGCAGACGCUCCAGCAGCCCUCGCAGCGCGCGUACAUCAUGAUCGGCUCCACCUGGGCGUGCAGCCUGGUCCUCAGCACCCCGCAGUACUUCAUCUUCUCCCUGAGCGAGGUGCAGCCCGGCUCGGCCGUCUACGACUGCUGGGGACACUUCGUGGAGCCGUGGGGGCUGCGCGCGUACAUCACCUGGAUCACGGCGGGCAUCUUCGUGGUGCCCGUGGUCGUGCUGGUGUUCUGCUACGGCCUCAUCUGCCGCACGAUCUGGAGGAACCUCAAAUUCAAGAGCCGGUGGAAGAGCACGGGGGCGGCGGCCGCCAAGCGGGGGACGCUGAGCCGGAGCUCGGUGAGCAGCGUCAGCACCAUCUCCCGUGCCAAAUUACGCACGGUGAAGAUGACGUUCGUGAUCGUGGUGGUGUACGUGGUGUGCUGGGCGCCCUUCUUCACCGUGCAGAUGUGGUCGGUGUGGGACCAAAGCUUCUCCUGGCACGACUCGGAGAACACCACCGUGACGCUCUCCGCGCUCCUCGCCAGCCUCAACAGCUGCUUCAACCCCUGGAUCUACAUGGUCUUCAGCGGCCACCUGCUGUCGGACUUCGCCCGCGGCCUGCCGUGCCGCUGCUGCCCGCUGAGGAACAAGCUGGGCCACCAGGACUCGGACAGCAGCCUCCGCCGGACCACGGUGCUGUCGCGCCUGCAGGGCCCGAGGCUCUCGGAGCCGUUCAGGGACCUGGAGCUCGCCGCCCCCAGAGACGGAGCGCAGGCCACGACUGCAUCCUGACCCCAGCCGGCACCGCGGGGCCCGCGAUGGGAGCGGGUCCGAUGGGAGCGGAGGGAGGGCGCAUGCGUUGGAUCGGCGAGUCGGUCCUGGACGUCACGUCUCCAUCCAUCACACAUCCGCCGCCAGCGCCUGCUCGUUGCUGUAAUUCGGUGUGACGCGUGUAAAUCUACGUGUCGUGUUCGAGCGUCCUCAGCUCUCCAUUAAAACGAGGCAGAAGCUGCGGCACGCGGCAUUAACCCACAAUCACCCAGGGCAGCAGGGGGUUCAUGUGAUGCUGGGAAGUCAGACGCGCUGACUGUGAACACACUGGUUUCACAAACUACAAGAACAAAGCUUCAACUGCAAAGCUCAUUAAGUCAACGCGGCUGAGAAGUUCCUUCUCUCCGGGACUCGCCGUCCAAACGUGCUCGUGCAUCUAUUACUGCUCAGCCGCUGUUCAACUAGUGCUUGUGUUUCUACUUUGUGCUACUUCACUGAGGGAAAAGCUCUAAUGAACUUCGCCUUAUAGUGAAGCUUAAAACCAUCAGACUCCAACUGAACCACGUAUUAAAUUCAUGCUCGACGUAAAAGCUAAAGCCCUGAUUGGUCCAAUUCAAACACCUGCGGCAGGUGAAGCUUUGCUCCCGGAGGCUUGUUACUGUAUAGAUGUUUAUUUAUCGUGGGAAUAAACGCGUUUCCUCACGCGACGUCUGUUUUCUGCCGCUCCUAUGUAGACGAACGUGUGACGUAAGCGAGGCUCCUGUCGAUCUGUCAUCACAGUGAUGGCGCAGGUGCUUCGUGGACGUUCCCUCAUCAGCCACAAACGGCCCCGAAUGAAAGUGUGAAAAUUAAACUCUAACGCAUCAUCAGAAACAUCAUCACACAGACGGUGGAGUCAUUACGCAACACGGUCCACCUCGUGAUGUUUGAUUGAGUCUGUCGUGGAAACGAGCGCCCGCGGGCUCCGUUUAACGAGGCGGCGACGAGAAGGUGGUGAUGAAAAUGGGAAUAAUUUCCUGUUUGAGGGAAGAUGAUUAGGCUGAAAGCGCCUGUGACCGUGAACGCAACUCGGUUUAACCCCCUCACUGCUGAACCACAGCGUCCGGUCUCAGCUCAGUGUGGUCCCACACUGACCAGGUGAUUUUCAGUAACGACUUACCUGUGAUGGUGGACAUACUGAGAUCUGAGAUUUAGUUCACCGGCCUGACUCUGCGGUGGUGCUGUUUGUUUUCAGAAGGAGGGUUACGUCGUGGUCUAAAGCAGAAGGUGGAACCCCACAGCAGCACAUGGCGGGAACGCGUGAGGGGGCGUGGCCACUUGUCACAAGGGGCGGGGCGUAAAUACUACUCCUUCCUACUCCUUUGACAGGGGAAAUUCCAUAUUUUGUUCCAGAGAAAACUCUAUUGUAAAUGAAUAUGUACAGUAGAGACUGAAUGAAAAGCUUCGCCUUCGAGUGGGACCUUCUGAAGGAUGUACAAACACUGAAGCAGUGACCCAGCCUCUAUUCACCAUCUUUUGACCUCACUUGGCCGAGACACAUUUACUCCUCAGUAAUAUUAGUAGCGCAUAAUAUACUUGUAGCUUUUACCUGGGUUCAGAACAAACUGAUCCUUGGAAAUGAAUCAUCCGUACCUCAAAGGUCUUCUCGGCCUCUAAACCCUCGACUUUUCCU